AUGUUCUUCUCUGUGCAGCAUCUUGUUGGGUCGGACGCCAAGUUUGCGCUGAUUUGGAGAGCCGCUACGAGUGGUUCAACAAGGAAGCUGCCACGAAGGGCCAUCCUCAGUAUAUCGGUGCCAAAUAUAUGUCGUGAGAUCCUGAACUUCAUUCCUGAAGGUGCUUACUCAGAUGGUGAAGCCAGUUCCAAGUUUUCGCUCUAUCUCCUGGGGCAGCUUCUGUAUGGCACAGUGCUCAUCUACGAUCGUCAGCUUACUCUACUUCAAAAACAUGUUCGUUGGGCUUACGAAAAUUGCAAACGGUUGCGCAUGGAGGGAAGUUUGCCUCAAAGAUACAAAGGUGCACCUUCUUCGGCUAUAAAGGGGGCGCGUCGCUCUGCGGUAGUUGAAGAACCAAGAAUUGAUAUCGAUGUUACCGAGCAACCGGAACGACGAUUUGUUGGGCUGGCUAGACUCAGUGAAAUCACGAUGACAGAGAGUCAACCAGUUAUAUGGAAACGAGAAGACCUUUUCCAAGAUGAGGCUGUUCAAGCGCCAGUCCAAAUCAGCAAGGAGCGCUUCAUUGACUGGAACGAGCAGCGUUCUUCCAACUCAAAGGAUUCUCUGAAGACUGCUUUAGUAGUCAAGAAGGAACCUGCUACGGUAGAAGCUGCUUCUGUCACAGAAGAGUUACCACCUUUCCCACCUCUCGAAGUAUUUCAAAACAUGGACAGGGAAAGCUUUCUGGCUGUUACCCAACCGACGUUUGAUGCAGGAGGUGAAGAAAGACGCGAAAGUAUCACAAACGAGCGGUCACUUGUGGAUGCACAACCACCCAGUGAGAACGAACCGCUGUUGAAGAGACCGACGUUAGACAAUGGGAGACUUUUAUCCAGCUCUGGAGAGAGUGAAGAGUCAACAAAUCCAUCACUCGAGCUGCCCUCUUUGGACGAAAAUCUGGAAAUUGUGCAGCCGUCGCCAAGAACGAGAAGAAAGCCGUUGCAGUCGAUAGACACGAACGGCACAACAACACCUCUCAUGUCGAUGAAAGAAAUGCAAAUGGACUACUCAUCAUUGGUGAAAACAGUGGAUGAGUUGAGAAGUGGAAUUCCUGUUGCUGUUGACAGGCACCCAUCCUUGCACGAACUGCUACUGCCAUAUCCAGCAUAUGCGGGGAAGAAAUUUCCGAAAGAAUGUAUCGGACUAUAUCGCAGUAGAUUUUGCGAUAAGAUGACUUUCAAACAAGCUAUAACUGAAAAUCUCCAUGAGCCGAUCAAUCGUGGUGAUGCUUCAAUUCUUUGGCAUUACUCGAGCACCGACCAAUCAUCUAAAGAGAGCUCUGAACAACAGCGAACCCCUGGAAUAGCCUAUGCAUUAUACGACACCCCAGAAAGAGUACGCGCUGCUGGAUCUGGUCAUGAAGACACUUCUGAUCGCAGAUACAGUCAUGACCAGUUUCCUGUUCACCUAACACCGGGAAGUUUCAAAUUGCUGAAGACGCCUGGAAGAGAAUUACCAUUAGCAGAAGUGAAUCAGGGAGACGUAGCGCGCCCUAGGGACUCCGACAUAGGAAGGGGAGAUGCAGCGCAUUCGACGGACUCUCGUACUUCUCUUGGCGAUCUCUCUUUGUUGGCAAAUACCGGAGAAGCUUCACAACUUGCGGCAGACGCAACACUGCAGGAGUCUGGACUUCGCAAAGAGUCUCGCAGCUCGUAUCUUGAACAAGCGCGUCGUUUGACCGGAUGGACAGACGAAUCGGGUCGUCCGUCAUCUGUACAAUUACGCGACUCCUCACAAGGAGGCAAGGUGACUCAGCUGCGCGAUACUUCUGAGAAGUUACGUUCGCUGUCUUCAAGUGAUUCCUGGACAAUAACUUCAGUGGAAGAGCUUUUGGUCAGGAGAGUGAGGGAAACAAAUAAAUUCGUUCCACUAUCCAGUAUCAUUCCCACGGCUACAACUUUAAAAAGGAGAGCUGCUGCUGUGUUCUCAACACUGCUAAAUCUCAUAAGAAAAUCGUCAGUAGAAGCGAGGCAGAUGGAACCAUAUGGAGAAAUAUGGAUACGUAACCACUCUGUUCGAAGUAGCAGUGAUUUCGACUUUGACGCUUUGGCAUCGACGAGCCAGCCUUUCCAAUUAUAUUGCUAA